CAGUUCUAAAGUAUCAGGUUGAUACUUUUCGACCCACCUCUACUUCCAGCCAUUACAUCAACAGUAUCGCUCACGUAUGACGUGAAGUUGUGGUUGCGUACAUUAUGUUUAUUUUGUGUUGUGGUCACAUCUUAGCAGCAAUAUAUUUCGUUCUUCCAUACAUACAUGUAAAAUAUGUGAUUUUCGAAACGUAAACAGUGGCAGGCUACCGCUAAGGUUGGUUAGUUUUAGUUCUGACAAUGGCGAUGCCGGCGAACUCAAGAUGAAACCAAGUUUGUUACUGUACAUUUCUUAAAAUUUCGCGUUAUACAGAAAACUAAACGAAAUCGUAUUAUUUCGCGAUUAUCAAUGAAAUUCGCGUUAUUUUUCGCGUUAUCACGAUCGCGAAAAUUUCAGGUCUCUACAUAUAAAUGAUAUUUUUAUUAAGCGAGGACAUGUUUCAUAAUCAAGGUGAAGCUCCCUAACAGGAACUCAUGCCAAUGAGGUGUACAAUAUGAUCAAGAGAUGGGAACAAUUGUUGCACGAACAUUGUCUACAAUGCUUAUAAUGUUGACUAAUACAAUAAUUCGUUCUUUGACGUAAAUAGUGCAAAUAUAUAAGUAAAUAUACCUUCAUGCAAAGCACAUAAAAUAGACACCCAAACGGGCGAAUCAAAAGUGCUAGAAAAGUUUACAAUAAAUUAACAGCAUGUUGACUACAUUCAAAUAACUAUGGGACACACGUAAAAAGUUUAUAAAACAUAAAAAUACAGAUGUGAUGCGUCACGUGUAAGCAAGGCGACGCCGUCCAGCGUGAUGUGAGGGGGGCGCACAGAGAAGUAGAAAGCAAGGUUAAGCCCUGGCAAAAUUACGGGGCGAACAGCUAUUAAAGCUGACCCGGGGCAACAAGCAUUAAAAGGCCGAUACACUAGAGCUACGAUCAGGAGAUCCAAUAGUGUCAUUCACAAAAAAUGACAGAAAAAAAAGGCAACAAAACUAGGUUGAACAGCAAGGCGAUAUCAAACGAAGGUCUUUCCAAGUAAGCAUCAUGCAGUUAGGCUGCAGCAUCAUGCAGCCUCCUCUCUCUGCAACCAACAUGGCCGCUUCACAAGCUUCCAGGAGUGCAGAAAACACCUGGUGGCGCCCAACCCAUCUGAAGGAUGUUUUCUGGAUCCUGUGCAGCACCCCGCUGCAGUGCACCAGAUGGACCCAGCAUUCCCUGUGUAUGCUGCAAUGCCCAGUUUCACCUACAAUGCCUUGGUAUCGUGGAACAAGUCAUUGAACAGGCGUAUAUCCACAUAUGCCAGCCCUGCAGACAACUUCUGGUAGAGAAGAAGCCAACAGUGCCAACUCCCCGGCGCUGUUUUGCACCGAACUGCCCUGGGAUAGCCCUAGUCCUCGUCACCUGCCAGGCCUGCCAUCGCGACUACCAUCUCGCCUGUCUAGGCUGGGAAGAUACUCCACUGGACCUUGCUGGGAUGUCAUUUACCUGCGCCCAGUGUAGAGUUAAUCCCACUGCACCUUCGAGUACAAGAUUUGCAAGUGCACCUCGGCCCUUUAGAGGUCAGGAUCAUGAGGACCCUGUGCAAGCUGUACACCAAUGGGAGCAAGCCCUACGGGCACAUGCAAUCCACCCCACCGAAUGGGUGGACCGGAUAGGUCCAGUACUACUUGGGGAAGCCUCUAGAUGGUGGAAUAACCAUGAAGGGCUGUAUGACACCUGGGAAGAGUUCACAGGGGGCUUCCUGAACCAUUUUGGAAACCAAUCAAGACUGGCAAAGCUUACUGCCCAAUUAUAUGGUACCAAACAAAAGGAAGGAGAGGAUGUCGAAAGUUUCUUACUACAGAAAAGGAAACUUUAUAAGAGGCUACACCCAGGGAGAGACCCAAAUGAAUUUCUUCCUACCUUGUUGGAGCUGGUGCGGCCCAACCUACGGCCAUUUCUGCGGCAUCCGCCUCCCGAGAAUUUCUCCGAACUUAUGGUUCGAGCCACUACCGUGCAGCGAGAUUGUCUCGAAACUAGGGGCACUGUAACAAGUAAACCUUGUUCACCAUCAACCCUGGUACAAGAAUAUGCUACCCCCAACAAAAGGUUGCCGAAGUGUUGGCACUGCCCUGAACAACACUUUCACAAAGACUGCCCAGUUCUCCGCUGCAAACAGUCUGAAAGGAACAGCCUCAACACAGUAGACCCCUGGAGGGAAAGAGUGGUGCCAACGAGCCCUACCCCUACUCCGAAGGUAGAAAACCUCAACUCCCAAGCUCGGCUCGAAAGUAGACCGACCCCGAGCCUUAUGUGUGUACAGCACCACCCACAACAAGAACUGCCAAGAGUCAAGGUGCAACUGGACUCACAGCCCAUUCAGGCUCUUAUCGACUCAGCCGCCACCACUAAUUUUGUGCACGAGAGUAUUGUGCAGAGAACAGGGACCCCUAUUAAGUCCCAACCCCAAAUGGCCCAGCUUGCCACCCAGGGAUCCACCAUGACCUUACUGGGCAAUGCUGUGGUACAAUGCUGCAUAGCCGAUGUGGAGAUGGAGAUCCCAUGUCUAGUCGCAAAGGACCUUCGAGAAGAACUCGUGCUGCACCAAGAUUGGCUCACACAGCAGCAGGCGACAUUGGUAAUAUCAGCUGAUCAUCGUUUGGCUUUUCCAGAUAUAGCUCUGACAUAUUUUAGCCUUAACAAAUAUCCAUGGUGCUUUGUCUCUAUAAGGGCUUCAUCCCAUCUCUUUACAAUAUGUUAGUAACUUGUAAGAGGCGAUUUCAUAAAUGACUGCACUUCUACAUUAUGCAGAGAUUUAUAAUUUAAUUAUUUUAUGAUAGAAUUAUUGCACCUAUUAAAACGAAAUUUUAUUUUAGUAAACAAGAAGGUUACAUGCAUAUAUAGUUAACGCGUCAGACACGAAACUUUUUAAAAUUCUGUAUAAAACGGCUUUAAAUUAUUAAAACUUAAGUUUUAAUAUCUCAAUUAAAAUGUUAUGAAAAAUUUCGAAACUACGUACAGACAACAGUAGCUAAACAAAACUAUUGACAAAAUUUCAUUCCAAUCUGCAGCAAAAAAUUUAACUAAUGCUCACUCUUAAGGGGUCAACUACUACCUCACUUACCUUAAAUGUUUUUUUCAUUAUUUAACUUUUGACAGCAACACGCGUCCUCUUUCGCUCCAUGGUCCGCUCUGUGAAUAUCAGGUCACACAAUAUUUUGAAUGUUAUUGUAAUUUUGAGCAAUUUUAAAUCUGUGAUUUAUAUGUAGUGAAUUUAUGUAGGGUCGGAGGAACCAAACUGUAGUCCUCAUUUUGUAAUGCUAUUAGAGCCUACUUCAAUUUCAGAGUCAUUUUAAUAAAAUUAUGUUUACCUCCAAAUAGUUUUUUCAAAUUAGUAUUGUAUUGGUGUUUGUAGUUUUUAGUGUAAAUCAAUUAAUAUUAGUUAUGUUCUGUGCCUCAAACGUUUAUGCCCUUAUGUAUUUUUGAUUAAAAAUGAAAAUGUAUAAUUGACAGGGCCCAUAGCAUAAUUAUGUGAACCAGUUGUCGAAAAUAUAAUGUAAUGAUACUUGUAUAUCUAAGAAAAAUGAUAUUUAUUAUUAAUUUGCAAUGAAUGUGUAAUUAUUUUUCUACAUACAUGUUUUAUACAUUACUAUUUAAAUAAAUUACUUGUCCUCAAAA